AUGAGUCUGGUGCUGGCUAAUUUAAAGCUAGCAGUAGAGAAGUAUUGGCCUCUUGUAGACACGCAACCCUUCCAUGAUCUAAUGCUUCAUUCAGGCAUUCCGCUUUGCUCUACUAUGCUCAUCUGGCUGCCUCACCCCCGGGAGAUUGACCGAAUCCCCUACCUCAUUAGGGCACCCAACUUGUGGGCUUUGCUGCUUGACUCUCAUAAACAAGUGGAGUAUAGCCCUUUUUACUCGACAUCUCGCUCCACUCGCUCCUAUAGGCGCUGUGACUUGCAGCACCAGCAGGUGAAACAGAUUAUGGAGGAGGCCGUGAUGCGCAAGUAUAUCCACGAAGACAGCGGCAGCAUCCUGACUUUGUGCGAAUCCGGCCUCUUUGGGGUCGGUAGACUUUGUUGGACACUUUUAGCCUCCGAUGCACUUCAGUUAGACGGAUCUCUCUUGUUUCCGGCGCCAUUUCUUUGGUCUAUAGCUUUUCCUUUCCCCUUGACAAUGGAAUCUGAUAGGAUCUUAAUGGCUAGUUUCUACGAAACUCUGAAUUCAUGCACUUUCCAGCAGUCGCCUGGGCGGAGCCAGGAUGCCUACUUUUUCCACUUAGAGAGGUUGGAGUCAAAAAUGACCAAGCAUCGAGUCCCCAGACCAGCUGCUCAGGGAUCC